CGCCGCCGCCUCAGCCGCCUCAGCCGCCUCAGCCCGGCGGGGAGGAGGAGCCGCGCCGCCGCCGCCGCCGCCUCAGCCGCCUCAGGACAGUUCUGAUUCAUUUGCAUCCUUGAAGAGCAUCUGUGGAGAAGGAAGGAAAAGAUGGGUGUGAAAACAUUUACUCAUAGCUCCUCUUCCCACAGCCAGGAAAUGCUUGGAAAGCUAAAUAUGCUGCGGAAUGAUGGACAUUUUUGUGAUAUCACUAUCCGUGUCCAGGACAAAAUCUUCCGGGCACAUAAGGUGGUACUAGCAGCUUGCAGUGAUUUCUUUCGCACCAAACUUGUAGGCCAAGCAGAAGAUGAGAACAAGAAUGUGUUGGAUUUGCAUCAUGUUACAGUGACUGGCUUCAUACCUCUUUUAGAAUAUGCUUACACAGCCACUCUGUCAAUUAACACAGAAAAUAUCAUUGAUGUUCUGGCUGCAGCCAGCUAUAUGCAAAUGUUUAGUGUUGCGAGCACCUGCUCAGAGUUCAUGAAAUCCAGCAUUUUAUGGAAUACACCCAACAGCCAACCAGAAAAAGGCUUAGAUGCUGGACAAGAAAAUAACUCGAACUGCAAUUUUACUUCUCGGGAUGGCAGCAUAUCUCCGGUGUCUUCGGAGUGCAGUAUGGUGGAAAGAACCAUCCCUGUCUGCAGAGAAUCCCGGAGGAAGCGCAAAAGCUACAUUGUUAUGUCUCCUGAAAGCCCUGUGAAGUCCUGCACACAAACAAGUUCUCCCCAGGUACUGAAUUCUUCAGCUUCCUACUCAGAAAAUAGAAACCAGCCUGUUGACUCUUCUUUAGCCUUCCCCUGGACUUUUCCUUUUGGAAUCGAUAGAAGGAUUCAGCCCGAAAAGGCUAAGCCGUCAGAAAACACUCGGACUUUAGAGCUACCCGGCCCGUCUGAGACAGGGAGACGAGUGGCUGAUUACGUGGCGUGUGAGAGCACAAAGACUGCCUUGCCUUUGGGUACCGAAGAAGAUGUCCGGGUCAAAGUGGAAAGGUUAAGUGAUGAGGAGGUCCACGAGGAAGUGUCUCAGCCUGUCAGUGCAUCUCAGAGCUCACUGAGCGAUCAGCAGACAGUUCCUGGAAGUGAGCCGGUCCAGGAGGACCUUCUGAUCAGCCCACAGUCUUCCUCUAUAGGCUCAGUAGAUGAAGGUGGCACUGAGGGGCUGCCCACACUGCAGAGCACGUCCACUACGAAUGCGCACGCAGAGGAGGAUGACCGAUUGGAAAAUGUUCAAUAUCCCUACCAACUCUACAUUGCUCCUUCCACCAGCAGUACAGAACGACCAAGUCCGAAUGGUCCGGACAGACCUUUUCAGUGUCCAACUUGUGGGGUGCGAUUCACCCGUAUUCAGAACCUAAAACAGCACAUGCUCAUCCACUCAGGAAUUAAACCAUUUCAGUGUGACCGCUGUGGAAAAAAGUUCACCAGGGCUUACUCGCUAAAGAUGCAUCGCCUAAAGCAUGAAGGUAAACGCUGUUUCCGGUGCCAGAUAUGUAGUGCCACUUUCACUUCCUUCGGGGAAUAUAAACACCACAUGAGGGUUUCCCGGCACAUUAUCCGCAAGCCUCGGAUUUACGAGUGCAAAACAUGUGGCGCCAUGUUCACCAACUCUGGAAAUUUAAUCGUGCACCUGAGGAGUCUGAACCAUGAAGCGUCAGAGCUAGCAAACUACUUCCAGAGCAGUGAUUUCCUAGUACCGGACUACUUGACCCAGGAGCACGAAGAGACCCUUGUGCAGUACGACCUUGGAGAACACAGUUUUGAGAGCGACUCCUCUAUCCAGAUGCCUGUGAUCUCGCAGGUGUCCUCCACCCAGAGCUGUGAGAGCGCCUUCCCCUUGGGGUCUCUCGGCGGGCUGACAGACAGAGAGGAAGAAAGGCCACAGCAGCCCAAGACCGGUGCCUGUGCUGAAGCCGCCAGAGACGACCCCUCGAAACCAGAGCUGUCUUCUGUUACUCUUGAGUAGAUUCAUGCUCGGGCUUUAUUUUUUGGUUUUUGGAAAGUGCCUGUGCUUAUUAGUCUUGUAUGUUUAAUUUAAAUUUGAUUUUUUCAACAGAAAAGUUUCCUUUUUACUUGUGAGCCCUGCCGCUGAUGUUACAUUCUUUAUUACAGAGAAGCUUCUCCUCUAAGUGCACGUCAACACGGUGUUGAGACAGAAAUCACGAGACUGGAAGAGGGCUAGUGACUUAAGACAGUCUAGUGACUUUAACAAGUUUCUCUUGUUAAAAAUAUGCUCCCACCAGAUCAUUAGGUGAAGAAGAAAUUAGGGGGGAAAUGUGCUAAAAACGCUCCCAUUAAUCAUUAGGUAAAGAAGAAAUGAGACGCUCAUGGACCUUCCCGAGGAGAAAGCAGGCCAGAAUUCAAGUACUAAAGAGAACCUGACAUCAUCUAACAGGUGUUUGCUCCUAUACGCAGGACACUGUAGAAUAUUUUGUAAAGCCUGUUGUUUUGAAAAUAUUUAUGGUAAGCUUUUACAAAUUAUUAGGAUAAAUACUUCUCUAAUAUCCAGCAUACUCUUUAAAACAAAAAGCUUUUCCACUUUUAUUAUGAUUUUUUUUGAGGGGGUGGUGUAAAUUUGGUAUUGGGUUAGGCCUUCCCUGUACCUUUAUAGUACCAGUUCUUUCAAUUUGAAUUUUUUUUUUAGUUUUUGGGUGUCAUCCGGCGAAGCUCAGGAGUCACUCCUCGCUCUGCGCUCAGCACUUGAUCCUGACAGUCAGUGCUUGAGUGACCAUAUGGGAAGCCGGGGAUUGAACCCAGGUCUGGCGCCUGCAAGGCACACGCCUUCCCCACUGUACUAUCUCUCCAGCUCCAGUACCACUUCUUUAAUCUUUCUUAUAUGAAAGAGGGGAAGGAACCAUGAUUGGAAAUAGUCAAACUGCAUGAAACGACCAGGAAUGGAGAGGGGAGUAUGUGAAUCCCAGCUUCAUAAGAAUUCUUUUUUUAAUACUGCUUUCCUGACUGAAAUUAUUGUUUACCUGGUCUUUGAGUGUUAAUGUUUGGCUAAUUAGGUUUUUGCCUAAAUCAGUUCUUGUCCUAUCACCAGUACUUCCUAUUGCAUAUACUGAUGUGUUACCAGAUAGAGGGAAAAUAUUGGAGAUAGUCUAUAUUUUAUAUGUAGGUUUAUGUACUGUUGGGGGUGUUUUUAUUGUGCUGUUUUGGACAUAAUAAAGAAUUAAUUCUC